GUGACAAUGCCGAAAAAGCCCUACAGUGCCCCGCUGUCCCAGAUGGAGUCCAUCCCAGCAACCUCACCGACUGCCAGCUCACCAGCAAUCCGAGUUGCGGUAGAGUCCCCCGAGAUGGAUUUAAAUAAUUCUGUUAAGACUCUUCUUGUGAAUGAAGAUGCCAGUCUUGAAGAAAAAGAACUUAGAAAAACGAAAGCGUCCAUUGUGGUCUCAGAUGAAUUAAAUAGCUCUGCUGAAACAGAAAGAAUAUACUCAAGCCAGAGCCAGACGGAGGAUCAGGAAUGCCUACAGACUUGUGAACAAAAUGAGAUGCUUUCCAUCGGAAUAGAAGAAGUGUUUGAUAUUUUGCCCCUCUAUGGAGUGUUGCAGCCACACAGCAGCCACCAAAUGUCGUUCACCUUCUAUGGACACUGUAACAUCAUUUCACAGGCUAAAGCUCUGUGUGAAGUGGAAGGCGGACCCACCUAUGAAAUAACACUAAAGGGAGAGGCGUCCCUGGUCAACUAUUCCUUUGACACCAAGGUUAUUCACUAUGGAUUACAGCUGUUUGACCACAUCACAGAGAGGGAAAUCACGCUAACGAACACGGGGAAAGUCAGCUUUGAGUUCAGAGUUCUGACUGACCACCAGUCUUCUCCAGACAACCUUCUACCUGGAGUGCCACUAAUUCUGCCUCUCUCGGGUUUUAUCAGUUCACAUCAAGCGCAGGUAUUAAAAGUUUACUACCUACCUGGAGUGCCUGAGGUCUUUCAAAGGAGUUUCCAGAUACAGAUCGCCCACCUGGACCCAGAAAGUAUCACUCUGAGUGGAGAGGGAGUCUUUCCCCAAAUCUGCCUCGAUCUCCCCAGGAACCUCACAGCAAAUGAAAAGUAUGAAACCUUCUUGAAUCAGGCCAGGAAAAACACAGACAAAGAGUAUGACAAAUGUGAAACAGUCGAUCAGUUUGACAUAAUAACCGAGGAGGUGCCAGAAGAUGAGUCUGCGGAGGUAAGUUCUCCUCUCCAGAUGGAAGUAGAGAGACUUAUUGUCCAAAGCUAUGUCCUAGAACAUCAGAAAACGAUCACCCCUGACCCCACAGACACCUGCUUCAGCCAUCGGAAUCGCCGCAAACUGGCCAAAGUCCAGCUGCCAGAGUACAUCCUGGACUUUGGCUACAUCAUCCUUGGUGAAGUCCGAACCCACAUCAUCAAAAUCACCAACACCAGUCAGUUUCCAGUGUCGUUCCACGCAGACAAGCGUGUCCUUCAUGAGACAGGAUUCAGUACUGAGCUAGAUCGUGUAAAGAAUCUGCCUUACUGUGAAACAGAAACAUUUGAAGUGAGAUUUGACCCACAGGGGGCCAAUCUACCUGUUGGAAGCAAAGAAGUCAUUCUGCCCAUCAAGGUGAUUGGAGGGCCAACAGUUCACAUCUGUCUUCAAGCCAAGGUGAUCAUUCCAACCAUGACUCUCUCUCGUGAAAAAGUGGACUUUGCCACAAUUCAGUGUGGACAAUGCCUGGUGGAAACUAUUCAGCUUUCCAAUCAUCUCCAAGUCCCUUGUGAAUGGUUUGUCCACAGCCAAAAGCCUAUUGACAAGCUGAAGAAACACAUGCCAAAAUACUUAAGACAGAAACUGCGUGCAGAAUUAAAGCCCAAGACACGGAUCUUUGAGAUCCAGCCCAUUUCUGGAGUCUUGGAUCCUGGUGAGAAGUCCAACGUGCAAGUAAAAUUCAUGCCAAAAGAAGAGAAAUUCUACAGCCAAACCCUGAUGUUUCAGAUUGCCCAGAGUGCUCAAAAGCUUACACUGCUGGUAUAUGGGCAAGGUCUAGAGCCACGCCUGGAAUUUAGUCCUUCAGUCCUGGACCUGGGGCCACUGCUACUUUGUGCACCUGGAGAUGAGGCCGAGGUGACAGUGAAGAAUCCCUGUGACUUCCCCAUUGAAUUUUAUUCCUUAGAAUUUGAUCAGCAAUAUCUCAUAGAAGAAAAGAUCUUGAGGAAGAUGAAGGGCUACGAUUCCUACAACACCCUGCUGCUGCCUCCCCGCAACCCGGGGGAGAAGCUGCCCCCAGAGCUGUACGAGUAUUUUAAGGAGAUGAAGAAGUCAAAAGAGGAGCAGAUGAGAGCGAAACAUCUGGAGAAUCUGGCCCAGGAGAAUGAAGAGGAAGACAUGCCCACAUCAGAUCAGGGAACCUCCUCUAGCACGAAGAGGACAUCGCUGAGCCGAGGGAUCUCUGUCACAUCCAACUUGGAAGAGCGGCACGGCCUGUUGAUCGAGUCCAGAACCUAUCUAGAGGAAGAGGAGGAUGAUGACAGCAUGGAAAAACUCAUGUUCCAAACUGACAAGAUUCAGAGCAUUGACAGCCACUCCAUGGAGGAAGUUGGCGAGGUAGAAAACAACCCAGUGAGCAAAGCGAUUGCUCGCCACCUGGGUAUUGACAUUUCUGCAGAAGGCCGCCUGGCUAAGAACCGGAAAGGCAUCGCCAUUAUCGUCCAUGGGACACCCUUGUCAGGAAAGUCAGCCAGCGCUGUCAGCAUGGCCAGGUACUACAACGCAGCCUGCCUGAGCAUUGACUCCAUUGUGCUGGAAGCCGUGUCUGACAGCAACAGCAUCCCAGGGAUCCGGGCCCGUGAGCUCUGCAUCAGGGCUGCCAUAGAGCAGUCCAUGAAGGAAGGAGAAGAAGCUGCCCAGGAGGCUGCUGUGGGUCAAAAUGCCAUGGGGCAAGGACGACUGAGCAGUGAGAUCUUGGGCAAGAUGACCUCAGAGAUGACUCUGGUGGCCCCGGAAAUUAAACCUGGAAAGAGUGUUCGUGGGAGCGUGGUGAUCUCCAAAAGCAAGGCGGAUAGCCAUGGCUCUGGGUCGCAGAAGCAGCAUCACCUGCACCAGUCCGAAACAUCACAGAUUUCCUCCAGCCCUCUUCCGGGGCCCCCCCAGCGCCGGCUCAGUGUCAGACCCAGUGUCGGAGGCGAGACGGGGCUGAUGAGCUGUGCGCUCCCGGAUGAACUUCUCACGCAGAUCCUGGCAGAGCGGAUACAGCUGAGUGACUGCUACCGAGGGGUGGUGUUUGACGGCCUCGACACACUCUUUGCUCGGAAUGCUGCGGCCGCCCUCCUCUGCCUGCUGAAGGCCAUCGGCAGCCGGGAGCAUAUAUACGUUCUUAACAUGGCCCAGGAUUACGCAGCCAUGAAGGCCCAGGAGAAAGCCAAAAAGGAGCAAGAAGAGCGCAAGCACAAGGAAGCUCUUGAGAAAGAGAAGGAGCGUCUCCAAAACAUGGAUGAGGACGAAUAUGAUGCCCUGACCGAGGAGGAGAAAAUGACAUUCGAUCGGGGGAUUCAGCAGGCGCUCCGGGAGCGGAAGAAGAGGGAGCAGGAGAGGCUGGCAAAGGAGAUGCAAGAAAAGAAGCUGCAGCAGGAGCUGGAGCGACAAAAGGAAGAGGAUGAGCUGAAACGGAGGGUCAAAAAGGGAAAGCAGGGAGCCGCGAAGGAGGAGCCAUCCCUGAAGAAAUCUCAAGCCGCGAACAAGCAGGUUCCUCCUUCCACCAAAGCAGAUGUCAAGACAGAGACAGUCGAAAGGAAAAUAUCUGCUAAGGAACAAGCAACAUCUGACAAGGAAGAGCUAAACAAGAAGAAAAAGAACAUGACCGAUGUCAGUGUGCAUGGGUUUCCUCUUGUCCAGGAUCAAGAGGACAGCGAAGGGGACAUCUCGAAGGACCCCGAAAAGCAACUGGCCCAGAAGUUUAAGGCCUAUGAGUUGACGCUGAAGGACAUCCAGAACAUCCUCAUGUACUGGGACCGGAAGCAAGGAGUCCAGCUGUCUCCCGUGGGGAUGGAGGAUGUGCCCCAUGAGCCCGAUGACCAGCGCCAGGUCCCCUCCAGUGGGCGCAGGGGCCGCAGGGACCGGGAGAGGGAGCGCCUGGAGAAGGAGCGGGCGGAGAAGGAGCGCCUGGAGAGGGAAAAGGCAGAGCGGGAGCGCCUGGAGAAGCUGAGAGCCCUGGAGGAGCGAAGCGACUGGGAGGGGGAAGGGGAGGAGGACCACGAAGGGAAGAAGGAGAAGGACCUGGGCGUGCCCUUCCUCAGUAUCCAGACACCAGACUUUGAAGGCUUGAGCUGGAAGCAGGCCCUAGAGAGUGACAGGCUUCCCAAAGGGGAGCAGAUCCUAGACAUCUUGGGUCUGGGUUCCUCCGGACCACCCAUUCCGCCUCCUGCCUUAUUCUCAAUCGUCUCAUACCCUGUGAAACGGCCGCCUUUGUCCAGGACAGACACACUGGGGCAUUUUGUGUUUGUGAUCCCACCAUCUGAAGACGCGUCUCUCGAUGAAAGAAGAGAAAUGGAAAUAGAAUCAGACCUUCUGGCCUUCACAAACACUACCAAGGCUCAAGAGGAGCAGACCAGCUCAUCUAAAGCAGGCAGACAGAAAAUGAAAGAAAAGAUAGACCAAGUCUCUGAGACUCAGAAGGACAAGCGUCGCAUGGCCUUAACCAAGAAGGCCGUUUCGGGGGCACUUGCUGGAACCAUUUCCCCGCUGUCAGAUAUAGACCUGAACAAUUUCAACGGGCAGCACUCCCAGGAGAAAUUCAUCAGACUGAAUCACUUUCGGUGGAUUGUGCCAGCCAACAGCGAGGUAACGUUGCAGGUGUACUUCUCUUCUGACGAGUUUGGGAACUUUGACCAAACCUUUAACUUUGAGAUCCUAGGAACUUGUCGCCAGUACCAGCUCCACUGCCGAGGCAUCUGCACUUACCCAUACAUUUCCCAAGACCCAAAAGUUAUAUUUCCUCAGAGGAAGAUGGACAUGAAGAUAAAUGAGGUCAUCUUUAAGAAGUAUGUUAUGAGUGUGGAGACAUACUAUUUCGGGCCACUGCUUUGUGGAAAAUCAAGAGAUAAGUACAAGUCAUCAGUAUUCCCUAGCAACACGGAGACGCUCACAAUCCUGAACACUUCCUUAAUGGUGGUGGAGGCAUUCUUCUAUUUUCAGAAUGAUGUCAAAGCAAACACAUACUUCCUGGAACCCAACACCAUGGUCCUGAAGCCCAAUGAGAAGCAGAUAUUAAACGUAUGGGCCUACCCUACUUCAGUUGGUGUCUUUGAAGACAGCAUUGUCUGCUGCAUCAAUGAUAACCCAGAGCCAGCCAUCUUCCAAUUAAGCUGCCAGGGGAUCCGCCCAGAACUGGAGUUGGAACCCAGGCAAUUACAUUUUGACCGGCUCUUGCUGCACAGACAGGAAGCCAGGGUAGUUCUUCUCCGCAAUGUCACGCUCCUGCCCGUGGCCUGGCGGAUCACCAACCUGGAGCACUUGGGUGAUGAUUUCACCGCGUCCAUGAUGCAGGGAACCAUCCCCCCAAAGGCUGAGUACGGCCUGCACCUGUACUUUCAGCCCACCAAGCCUAUCAACAUCAGGAAGGCUAUUCGGUUGGAGGUUUUAGAUGCAGAAAAUCUUCUCGGUGUUGUUCAGAUUGAAAAUAUCACGGUCUUUGCAGAGGCAUACGACAUCGCCUUGGACAUCACCUUCCCCAAAGGAGCUGAAGGAGGCCUGGACUUUGGGAUUGUCAGGGUCACAGAGGAGGUGAAGCAGCCCCUGCAAUUGAAGAACCGCGGGAAAUACGAGAUCGGAUUCAGCUUUUCCGUGGACUCUGUAGGGAUUUCAACACCUAAUAUAAAUUCCAUGAUCUCAGUCCAGCCCAGAAAGGGUUCACUGACCCCAACAGAAAAACCCACAAAUGUCCAAGUUUUCUUCCGUGCGAAAAAAGAAGUGAAGAUCGAGCACCAGCCUAUUCUGCGCUGUCAGAUUAUUGAGCCCAGUAUUUCAGAAGGAGGUGAGAUCAUUGCCAGCAUCCCAAUUAAGUUUUCUGUGAAUGCAGUAUAUUCCAAAUACAACAUCAGCCCCUCCUCCAUCAUCAACUUUGGAGCUUUGAUCUGUGGCGCCCGUAAAAGCACCACCUUCACCAUAGAAAAUCAAGGUGUUACUGACUUCAAGUUCACCCUCUAUAGGAUGACAGGGGAGAGCCCCAUUCAUCAAAAGAAAGCAGUCAGCCACAUCAGACGUGCAAGAUCCCGAGAAAGUGAGAGCUUCUACAAAACUGGCUCUUCCAAGGCAGCCAAGUUCUCUGAUGCAAUUCAGAAGGAAGUGAUCAGCACAGGCCAGGCCCGCUUCUCCCAUGGCAUGUUCACCGUGUACCCCUUGUUUGGCUCCAUCCCUGCCGGAGGACAGCAGGUCCUCAAUGUUGACUGUGUGGCUGACCCCGUGGGAAGAUGUGAGGAGUUUAUAGCCAUCGAUAUCUCCGGCCGAGACCCUACAGACCAGCCUACCGGCAUUCCUUACACCCUGCUGGCUGAAGCCUGUCUCCCAGCCUUUGUGACCGAAAACAAUGCCUUGAUAUUUGAAGAGCACCAGAUAUGUACCAGCGCCAACCUGUACCACAUCCUGCAGACCAUAGAGAGUGGGGGGCUCUUUGUGGAGGACGAGAACAAGUUCAUCUUUUGCAAUGUCCUGGUAGGCCGCCAAGCCAAGGCUCGGUUCAAGAUCAGCAAUGUGGGAAAGAUUGCCUGUGAUGUCAACGUUGUAGUCAGGCCUAUCUCCAAUAAGCCCUAUGCCCGCAUCGUCGACAUUUUUGAAGUGGAACCCAACAAGAUGUGCAUUGCCAGUCAUUCCCAUGCCUUUGCCACAGUGUCCUUCACCCCGCAGAUCAUGCAGAACUACCAGUGCAUCUUUGAGGCUACCUUGGAUGGCUUGCCCAGCACCCUGGCCAAGAGCCGAGGCCUUGUGUUUGACAUCGCUGGUGAGGGGAACCUCCCUCGAGUGACGGUUGUACGGCCAGUUCUUCAUAACCAAUAUGGAAACCCCUUGCUCCUCUUUAAGAGGCUUCUGCUUGGUCGUUCAGAGAAGCUACCUCUCAUCCUCAAGAACAAUGGCAUCCUCCCUGCCCAGCUGCAUGUUGACCUACAGGAUGAACUAGGAGUCUUCUCCCUGAAGGGGAGGCCCAGCACCUCGUACAUUUACAUCACAGAGGAAAACAAGCCACAUGAGAAAGCAAAGAAAGCUCACACAGCUUCCUUGGUUGUUUCUCCUGGAGAUACAGCUGAAUUUGAUGUCUUUUUCCACUCCCAGAAGGUUGGGAGGGUGAAAGGAAUCAUCCACUUGUCAGUGAUCAACAACCAGUAUGAGGAGACCAUCAUCCACAUUGUGGGAGAGGGCUAUGAGGAUGACAUCACGUUGGACAACAUCCACGGGCUGGUGGCAUCCGCCAAUCAGGAAGGCAUAAGUAUCUCUGAGUUCACAGAGAUCCUCGAGGACAAUGAUAUGGAAGACUUGGUGGCAGCUGCUCUGGUGGACCAUAUCCAGUUUGGGGACUGCCACAUUGGACACAGCUAUAAUGUGAGCUUCACAGUCACAAAUCACAGCCAAGUGAACGUGAUACGGUUUCAAUGGCCUGUUUUAGCUACAGUUACUUUCUCCCCACAGGUGGGCCACCUCCACCCUGGGUGUGCCAAGGACAUAGUGGUGACCAUGAAGUCAGACAUACCCAUCAACCUGAAGAACAUGCAGAUCAAGUGCAAGCUCUCCAAGAUCAUGUUUCAGGUCCCUGCAGACCAGGUCCCUGACUGGGAUGACCGCAUGCGCACCGUCAAGUGGGUGGACGUGCCCAGAAACAUGCCUGGAACUCUCACUACAAAAAGAAAAGUGAUAGAGACGGAUCCUGAGCCCGCUCACUCAGUAGUAGAAGAAAACUACCCAGAACUACAGGUUCAAAUCAGCGCCAAUGUGGAUUUUGCUUCCUACCACUGCCAAACAAGAGAUGUGUGCUUUAAGGAAACCUUGGUUUACCAGACCCGAGUGUUUGAGUUUGACAUGACUAAUUCAGGACAUGUGCAGCUGGAAUUCAACUGGGUCUCAGAAGAUACCUCAAAGGCAGUCAGCUUUGCAAAACCAGAUCACCAAGGUUCCACUCAAAAAGAUCAGCUUAGUCAGGACACGAUGCACACAGCCAGCACCAUGGACAGCACCAUGGACCACUGGACUGAAGGUUCCCCACAGCCCUUCUCUGUGGAGCCCUCCUCUGGAAUCGUGCCUGUGGGGAAGAUUCAGAAGCUCAAAGUGAAAUUCUCCCCGUUGGACAUUGGAGACUUCGAGAGCAACCUUUUCUGCCAGAUUCCCAACCUGCCACCUGGAGAGCAAGGUCCGGUCCUGGUAGCAAAAGGGCGGAGCAUCUUGCCCAUCUGCCAUUUUGAUCUGAAAGACUCAGACUACAUCAGUGGCCAUCAGCGCAACCCAGAGCUCCGAGGAUCUGGUGGGGGAGCUCUGGAUUCAAACAUCCGGGUGAUUGAGUUCACCACUGUGGGCAUAGGAGGGAAGAAUCUCCGGUCCUUUACAAUCCUAAACCCAACCAAUAGCACGUACUCCUUCUGCUGGACCUCUGAAGAAACUGAAAGUCUCCAGAACCCUGCAGCGUUCACAUGUCUUACCGAGAAGGGCUUCAUCCACCCUGAAAAGAAAGCUGAGAUCGUGUUCCAGUUCACACCUGUCCAUCUGGACAUCACUGAAUCACUGUGGACCUUCCUAAUCCCUGAACACAACAUCACAGUCCCUUUCCUGCUGGUGGGCAAAACUACUGACCCUCUUAUCUCUCUGAACAAGUCACACCUCAACUUCAGCUCUCUCCUCAUCGGCAGAGAAGUCAGGGAGACUGUGCAGAUCAUCAACAAGGAGGAACAGGGGUUCGACUUUUCCUUCCAGGACAACUCCCGCUAUUCUGAAGGUUUCAGCAACAGCCUGCUUGUAUGUCCCACGGAAGGCUGGAUCCCACCACUGUCCAGGUUUCCGAUUGAUAUUUUCUUCACACCAAAGCAGGAAGGAGAUGUGAACUUUAAUUUGAUCUGCAAUGUGAAAAAGAAAGUCCACCCUCUGAGGUUAAAUGUCAAGGCCGAGGGCUACACUAUGAAUGCAGAGAUCAAGUGCAAGGACAGGACAGGCACCAUCACUCUGUUGACUCCCAACCAGACGAACAUUAUCAACUUCUAUGAGGUGGAGUUAAAUGAAUGUGUCCAGUGUGAAUUCAACUUUAUCAACACUGGAAAGUUCACCUUCAGCUUCCAGGCAGAGCUGUCUGGCUCCAAAGCCCUGCUGCAGUAUUUGGAAUUUUCACCCACCGACAGCAUUGUGGAUGUGGGGCAGAGUGUACAUGCCAUCCUGUCUUUUCAUCCAGUUAAGAAGUGUGUCUUGACAGAUCUGGAACUCAAAAUCAAGAUCAGCCAUGGCCCAACAUUGAUGUGUAGCGUCUCAGGCUGUGCUGUGACCCCGGCUAUCCAUUUCUCCUUCACCAGCUACAACUUUGGGACCUGCUUUAUCUAUCAGGCUGGGAUGCCCCCUUACAAACAAACCUUGGUCAUUACCAACAAGGAAGAAACACCUAUGAGCAUAGAUUGUCUGUACACCAAUACCACUUACCUCGAGGUGAGCUGCCGUGUUGAUGUGAUAAAGCCAGGAAAGACACUGGAGGUUCCAAUAACUUUUUAUCCUCGAGAAAGUAUCAACUAUCAAGAACUCAUCCCCUUUGAAAUCAAUGGGCUGUCACAACAAACAGUCGAAAUCAAAGGGAAGGGUGCUGAAAUGAAGAUUGUAGUCCUAGAUCCAGCCAACAGGAUUGUGAAGUUGGGAGCUGUCCUACCAGGGCAGGUUGUGAAAAGAACCGUUUCCGUCAAGAACAACAGCCUGGCCCAGCUCACAUUUAACCAGUCUGUUAUGUUCUCAAUUCCAGAACUCCAGGAACCCAAGGUCAUCACCUUGGUGCCCUUCCGCAACAUCACGCUGAAGCCCAAAGAAGUCUGCAAACUGGACAUCAUCUUUGCCCCGAAGAAGCGCGUCCCUCCCUUCUCUGAGGAGGUGUUCAUGGAAUGCAUGGGACUCCUGCGCCCCCUAUUUCUCCUUAGCGGCUGCUGCCAGGCCCUGGAGAUCUCCCUGGACCAGGAACAUGUUCCCUUCGGACCCGUGGUGUAUCAGACACAAGCCAUGCGUCGCAUCCUCCUGUCGAACACAGGCGAUGUGGGUGCAAGGUUUAAAUGGGACAUCAAAAAAUUUGAGCCUCAUUUCUCCAUUAGCCCAGAAGAAGGCUAUAUUACCUCAGGCAUGGAGGUUUCUUUCGAAGUGACCUACCAUCCCACCGAGGUGGGAAAGGAGAGCCUCUGUAAAAACAUUCUCUGCUUCAUCCAGGGAGGCAAUCCUCUGAGCCUAACCCUGUCUGGAGUCUGCGUGGGACCACCUGCAGUAAAAGAGGUGGUGAAUUUCACAUGCCAGGUGCGGUCCAAGCACACACAGACCAUCCUGCUGUCAAACCGCACCAACCAGACCUGGAAUCUGCAUCCCAUCAUUGAGGGUGAGCACUGGGAGGGGCCUGAGUUCAUCACCCUGGAGCCCCACCAGCAAAACAAGCCCUAUGAGAUCACCUACAGGCCCCGCACCAUGAACUUGGAGAACCGCAAGCACCAGGGCACCCUCUUCUUCCCCCUCCCAGAUGGGACUGGCUGGCUGUAUGCUCUACACGGGACUUCUGAGCUCCCCAAAGCUGUAGCCAAUAUCUACCGUGAAGUGCCAUGUAAGACCCCCUACACUGAACUCCUGCCAGUCACCAACUGGCUAAACAAGCCCCAGAGAUUCAGGGUCAUCGUGGAAAUACUGAAACCAGAGAAGCCAGACCUAAGCGUUGCUAUGAAGGGCCUUGAUUACAUUGAUGUACUGUCUGGCUCUAAGAAAGACUACAAACUGAACUUCUUUUCCUACAAGGAGGGAAUGUACACUGCAAAGGUGAUCUUCCGAAACGAGGUGACAAAUGAGUUCCUGUACUACACAGUGAGUUUCAGGGCCAUCCCUUCAGGCAUCAUCAAAACCAUCGAGAUGGUGACCCCCGUCCGGCAGAUUGCAUCAGCCUCCAUCAAGCUGGAGAACCCUCUGCCCUACUCGGUGACCUUCUCCGUGGAAUGCCGGAUACCGGACAUCGCCCUCCCCUCCCAGUUUGUGGUGCCUCCCAACUCCGAGGGCACGUUCUCGUUUGAAUUCCAGCCCCUGAAAGCUGGAGAAACCUUAGGAAGACUGACUUUGCACAGCACUGACUUGGGUUACUACCAGUAUGAGCUCAAUCUGAAAGCCACACCAGCACUUCCGGAAAAGCCCGUUCACUUCCAUACUGCCCUUGGCAGCAGUCAAAACAUCCUUGUGAAGUUCAUCAAUUACACACGGCAGAGGACAGAAUACUACUGCAGGACAGACUGCACAGACUUCCACGCAGAAAAAAUCAUUAAUGCAGCCCCAGGAGGCCAGAGCGGCACUGAAGCCAGUGUGGAAGUCUUCUUCGAGCCCAGCCAUCUGGGUGAGACCAAGGGCAUCCUCAUCCUAUCAUCACUUGCAGGUGGGGAGUAUAUCAUCCCCCUCUUUGGAACGGCUCUGCCUCCCAAGCCCCAAGGUCCCUUCCUGAUCCGAGCCGGGUACAGCAUAAUCAUCCCCUUCAAGAAUAUCUUCUAUCAUGUGGUGACCUUCUCCAUCAUCGUGGAGAACCCAGCCUUCAGCAUUCGCGCUGUGGAGUCUGUGCGGCCCAAGAAGAUCAACAACAUCGCAGUCUUCUUUGAAGGAAACCCAUCCGGCAGCAAAACCCCCAUCACCACCAAGCUGAUUGUGAGCUGCCCUCCUGGUGAAGGCAGUGAAGCUGGAAUUAAAUGGGUUUAUUAUCUAAAGGGGAUCACCCUUUAGUGGUAACCAGAGUUACCUGCAUCAACCAAAAUCUACGCAUUGUCUUAGCCUGACAAAGAAUAGAGAAAACAAUAAAAAUUCUAAAGGAACUGUUUUUAUUCUUCUUAUACAAUUAUAGGGGCAGUUAUUUCCAUAUUACAUGUUUUCCAAAUAUAGAUAUGAAAUAUCUAUUUCAUAUUAAACAUUAUAACUACA